GAAAAACGCCACUUGUACAGAGUGACUGUAACACAUUUUAGUUUUCAUUACAAUAUAAUUUAGACCAACAGGUGUGUAAUUACAACAGUCUUACAGGUCGGGUAUCUCUAAUCAGCUAAUUACAGCUACAAAUUGUAUGACAGUGAUAUAAAGGGAAUAAUGAACGGCAGCCUCAUACCAUAUACUCCAAUUGCUGUUGACUUUUGGAAGAUUCGAGAGUGUCCACAAGCUAGAAUUUUCUUCCUCACUCACCUUCAUGGGGAUCACAUUACAGGAUUGACCUCUUCAUGGAGUUAUCCUAUCUAUUGUUCCGAGAUAACAGGCAAGUUACUGGUAAAAAGACAUGGUGUUAGGGAAGAUCUUAUACAUUCUCUCCAGACAGAGUGUGCGGAGAUUAUCUAUCUGGACAAUGAACAUCAGCAACAGAUGACAGUCACUGCUAUAGAUGCCAACCAUUGUCCUGGUGCUGUCAUGUUUCUCAUGCAGGGAUAUUUUGGUACCAUUCUACAUACUGGAGACUUUAGAUAUCAUUCUGAUAUGGUGAACCAGUCUGUCCUGUCAUGCUUGUCAGGUAAGGUUGACAUCCUGUACCUUGAUAACACAUAUUGUUCUCCUAGCUGUGUAUUCCCUACCAGAGAUGAGGCUACCUCCCAGAUCGUAGAACUGAUUGAGCAGCAUCCUACAAAAGAUGUGCUGAUAGGGAUGAGAAAUUUAGGAAAGGAAAAAUUACUUUCUAAUAUAGCUUUGCAUUUCCAAGAGUGGAUUUCCGUACCAGACAAAUUUUACCAAACUUUGGAAAUUAUUGGUGCUCCGGAUGUGUUUGAUAAUGGCGCAACAAAGCACAGAAUACGUGUUGUGCCUUUCCAUGUAGUCAGUAACAAGUUUGUGCAGCAGGUUAAUCAGAAAUAUGAAACUAUAGUGAUAUUACCAACUGCCCUGUAUCACGGAAUUGAAGCAACUCCAUAUGAAAACAAUGACAAAGUUUUUGUUGUACCAUACUCGGACCAUAGUUCAUACACUGAACUAAGAGACUUUGUAGCAUUUAUCAAACCGAAGAAAAUUAUUCCAAUUGUGAAGAGUAAUGCUAGAGGUCCUUUUGGAUUAGGUAUUGCAGAUAGGGCAGACAUGUCAUGCUUUGCCAAAUUCACCUCAGAUGGUUGGAACAGCAAGAUUGAUAUACCAGUCUCAGUCCAAGCAUUCAUGCAUUGUAGAUACAGCAAAAUAAUGGCAAUGGAGAAGAAAGGACAAAAGAGAAAAGCAAAACAAAAACAACCUCAAACAAAAAAAGUGAAAAGGGGGAUAUAUUAUGACAGUCCAAAAUCUGCGUCAAAAGAUAAUGUCAAUGAAGGUGUGUAUAGCACUGAAAAUGGAAAAAAUAAUUCAAAGAUAUCUGAAGAAGAUACGCUACAAGUGAAACGGAUAUUGUUUGAAGAUGAGACACCAAAACGUAAAGCAGCAGAUGGUUUGAAGGUACAAAAAGGAGAAAGAAAAAGAACUAAGGGUGAACACAUUAUACAGAAUUGUGUUAAAGAUUUUGAUUGCACAAAACAAAACAGUGCUGAAAGAAUGGAACUGACAACGAAGGACAAAAAUGGGAAGAAGUAUUGUGAUGCGGUUGUAGAUCUGUUAGAUAGACAACAGAAGUUGAUAUCAAGACAUUACAGAAACAAGAAGUCUGAAUUAGAAGUAGCUAUGCCACAGGAACGUUCUUUCGGAAAUGUGGAAAAGAGGAAAGAAAAAGGAAUUAAAGUUAAAGGUCCUAAAACACAAGACAGUCUAGAACUAGAGGGAGAACAGCCAAGACAACAUGUGCACAAGAAGACAUCAGUGAAGAUGCCUCUGAAAUUUGUUUCUUCAAAGCAAGAUUCUGCCUUUGACAGUGCGGUUGGUUUAAGAACAUACAGUAAGUCAAAUGCAAAAAUGUUCAACAGUGUAAAUCCAAUUGUGAAGAGUAAUGCUAGAGGUCCUUUUGGAUUAGGUAUUGCAGAUAGGGCAGACAUGUCAUGCUUUGCCAAAUUCACCUCAGGUAGUUGGAACAGCAAGGUUGAUAUACCAAUCCCAGACCAAGCAUUCAUGCAUUGUAGAUACAGCAAAAUAAUGGCAAUGGAGAAGAAAGGACAAAAGAGAAAAGCAAAACUAAAACAACCUCAAACAAAGAAAGUGAAAAGGGUGAUAGAUUACGACAGUCCAAAAUCUGCGUCGAAAGAUAAUGUCAGUAAAGGUGUGUGUAGCACUGAAAGUGAAAAAAAUAAUUCAAAGAUAUCUAAAAAAGAUACGCUACAAGUGAAACGGAUAUUGUUUGAAGAUGAGACACCAAAACGUAAAGCAGCAGAUGGUUUGAAGGUACAAAAAGGAGAAAUAAAAAGAACUAAGGGUGAACACAUUAUACAGAAUUGUGUUAAAGAUUUUGAUUGCACAAAACAGAACAGUGCUGAAAGAAUGGAACUGACAACGAAGGACAAAAAUGGGAAGAAGUAUUGUGAUGCGGUUGUAGAUCUGUUAGAUAGACAACAGAAGUUGAUAUCAAGACAUUACAGAAACAAGAAGUCUGAAUUAGAAGUAGCUAUGCCACAGGAACGUUCUGUCGGAAAUGUGGGAAAGAGGAAAGAAAAAGGAAUUAAAGUUAAAGGUCCUAAGAACAAUUUGAAGAACAAUAGAGUAAUACUAAUAGAGGAUGACUUUGAUAAUGAAGAUGAAUUUGUACAAACGAAUUUGAGUGAGUUUAAUGAACAUAAUGAGAAAGGAGGUGGAAGUGAACAGGAAGAAGGCACCCUUAUAAUCGUAACUGAUUCUGAAGACGAACCAGAAGAACCUAACGUAGUAAAGAAAGAUGCUAGGAAGGACGGACUUAAAGAAAAAUUAGAAGACUCGGUUUAUGAACAUGACAUCUCUAAUGAAUCAAUUAUUGCACAAGCUGGUACACAAGUUUUCAGUAAAAGUUUCAGCAUGGAAACUGGCUUGUUAGACAGGGAUAAAGUUAAUGUAAAUAUAAAAUCUAAACACAAAGCAGGAACAGAUGAAAUAGAACAGGUUGAAGACAGCUUUCCAGUUCUUGACACUACUAAAGAAAUUAAUACAGCUUCAGAAAAAGAUAACAGUGGUAGUUGUAUUGAAAAGGUUAAUGAAACUGGGCAUACAAAUGACCAAUUUAAAACUAGUACAGCUUCGUCAUCACUUGUCAGUCAUGAAAACACCAAAUUAAUUGUAUUGGAACCAAGUAACGAGGAUAAUUCUUGCCUUGCAGUAGAAGAUUUGUCUACUGUAGUUAAUAUAGGAACACAAAAUGGUAUUAUGGCUGUAGAAAGAACAGAUGAUAUGGCAUACAACAUUGACAGGGAAAUAAUGCCAAAUGCAGGAAGUGAAGAAGACAAUAAUAUGUCUACCAUUGUAAAUAUAGGAACUCAGAAAGAGAUCAGAAGAGUAGAAAGUAGUGAAGGUACAUCAGAUGUUGGCAGUGAAAUUUUUGCAGAUCUAGGUGAAGAAACACUUUGUAAUAAUUCAAGAAAGUCAAUGUCUAAAGUUGAUAGAAACAGUAAAGGUUAUUGCAGAAAGUGUGAAUUAGAUGCAUUCAGACAAGUUCUUGAACGGUUAGAUAACUGUAAAUUAAAGAAGGAACUCAAGGAGAGUCAGAACGAGGCAGGAGAUACAGGACAGGUCACAUCCAGGUGUAAAGCUAAGCAAGGAUAUAAACAAUAUACUAAAUGCUCAUUUGCAGUAAAGCCAGUCAGACUAUAGGUUAAGAAUUACUAGCACAAUAUGCAAAGUUACUGAACUGUACAGUUACAUAUAUUUACAAUGAUUAGAAUGACAGGGAAAUAUUGUUGUUGGUUUUUUUUAGCUCACCUGAGCACGAAGUGCCCGUCGUCGUCCGACCAUCAUCCGUCCGUCAUCAACAAUUUGACUGUAACACUCUAGAGGUCAAAAUUUUGGCCAAAUCUUAAAUAAACUUGGUCAGAAUGUUUUUCUCAAUAAAAUCUUGGACGAGUUCGAUAAUGGGUCAUUUGAGGUCAAAAACUAGGUCACCAGGUCAAACCUAAGGAAAAGCUUGUUAACACCAUAGAGGCCACAUUCAUGACAAUAUCUUCAUGAAACUUAGUCAGAAUGUUAACGUUGAUCAUCUUUAGGUCAAGUUCGAAUCUGGGUCAUGUGGGGUGAAAAACUAGGUCACUAGGUCAAAUCAAAGGAAAAGCUAGUUAACACUCAGAGGCCACAUUUUUGAUCAUAUCUUAAUGAAACUUGGUCAGAAUGUUAGUCAUGAUGAUCUUAAGGUCAAGUUCAGAUCUGGGUCAUGUGGGGUCAAAAACAAGGUCACCAGGUCAAAUCAAAGGAAAAGUCUGUUAACACUCUAGAGGCCACAUUUAUGACCAUACUUUAAUGAAACUUGAUCAGAGUGUUAAUCUUGAAGCUCUUUAGGUCAAGUUUCAAUUUAGGUCAAGUGGGAUCAUAAACUAGGUCACCAGGUCAAAUCAAAGGUAAAGCUUGUUAACACUCUAGAGACCUAAUUUUAAGUUUGAAACUCAUGGGAAUUGAACAGAAUGUUUGUCUAGAUGACCUCUGGGUCAGGUUCAGAUCUGUGUCAUGUGGGGUCAAGAACUAGGUCACCUGGUCAAAUCAAAGGUUAAGCUGGUUAACAAUCUAGAUGUCAGAUUUAUGAUGUAUCUUCAUAAAAUUUGGUCAGAAUGUUAAUUGUUGAUGAUCUCUAGGCCAAGUUGGAAUAUGGGUCAUAUGAAGUUAAAAACUAGGUCACAAGGUCAAAUCAAAGGAAAAGCUAGUGAACAAUCUAGAGACCACAUUUAUGACCAUAUCUUUAUGAAACUUGGUAAGAAUGUUAAUCUUAAUGAUCAUAAGAUUAAGUUCCAAUCUGGGUCAGGUGGGGUAAAAAACUAGGUUACCAGGUCAAAUCAAAAGUAAAGCUUGUUAACACUCUAGAGGCCACAUUUAUGACUGUAUCUUCAUGAAACUUGAUCAGAAUAUUAAUCUUGAUUAUCUUUAGGUCAAGUUCGAUUCUGGGUCAUUAGGGGUCAAAAACUAGGUCACUAGGUCAAAUUAAAGGAAAAACUAGUUAACACUCUAGAGGCCACAUUUAUGACCAUAUCUUGAUGAAACUUGGUCAGAAUGUUAAUCUUGAUGAUCUUAAGAUCAAUAGAUCAGGUGAGCGAUACAGGGCCUUCAUGGCCCUCUUGUUUCUAAUUUAUCUCUUACAUACAGUUUGGCAUGAAUUCAAAAUAAAGUCACUCAGAUUU